AUGUCCAGUGUCCGGGACACUACAAGGAGGGUCACUGCGGCUCUGACAAAACCGGCUGGCAGGCCCAGUCUCCAUGAGCCAAUGGACACUGUGCAAGAACUCACACACAUUGAUGAUCCCGAGGAGCCAUCUACCGUCCUUACGCGGAUGGCAGCUGCGCGUCCUAAUCCACUUGCAGACCUCGAGUCGCUCCUCCCAGUCAGGCACGACUUUGACGAUUUGAACGGCUUCAUAACACUCUGCAAUGACCUCCUGGUUUUGAACUCACAGGAUCACCUUGAUCCUACUCGCAGGUCCAUCAAGAUUCCGGGAACCACCGGGGUCUUCAUUAGCCCCAAUCAGCUCUACCACGCGUGGCACCUUCUCUCCCAGCGAGGUCGCUACCUGCGGGGAGGAAUCUUGGCCGAUGAGGCCGGAACCGGCAAAACAUACGUCUACUUCACCGCAGCACUUCUCCGCGCGUUGGUCUGGGAGUCAAAACGAGCUGUCCAGUUAUAUUGGAGCGGUAAGGGAAAGAAAAAGGUUGGUAGGCACGCUGAACAUCAUCUUCCCGAAGGUGCCAAUGGUAGAAGUUGCCCCAGUCAGAGGCCAGGCGGCAUAGUUUGCUACUGUGUUCCUGGCUCACUCACUAGGACCAUCAGCGACCACACACCCAGCGGAGUCAGCGCCCUGUACGUGGCUUCCGAGACGUGGCCUGACAUUCUGAACCUGGUGCAAACAGCCGGUCUUAACCCUUCCAUGUACCAGCUGUGCCUAGUCCACAACAAUGCUCCCAAGCGGUUCACACGCUCAAUGGGACCCUUGGUCCAGACGCUGUCUCAUGGGGCUCAGACUGAUCUGAAGGACUUCUCCCCGGCAUCGUACAUCUUCAUUACGACGCUGGAGUCUCCAAGGCUGAGGAAUAUUUUCGCUGGGAAAGUGCUAAAUUGCGGGAUAGCUCUCAUCGAUGAGGCCCAUCAGAUACUCCGCAUAAAGGACUCACUGACGUUUCGCAUGGCCGAGGAGUUUUCUCAUCACGGAGCGGACGUGUGGUUUGUAAGCGCCACCCCUUUCAAUGGUUGUACGCUUGAAGACUGGGUCCCUCCUGUGAAGUGCAUAGCUCCCCGACGAGCAUCAGCGACGCAGAGAUUAGCAGAAACCCUGGAUCUUGCCAAGCUUUCUGGCGAGUUUUCUGAUGUUCUAUCCUUCCAGGCUCAGUUUAAUACUAUUUUCGACCGGGACCUAGUCUUGAGGCAUUUCGGAUUUUCCAAGUUUCUCGGGAAGUCUAUCUCUGAUGUCCAAAACAUCGUUCCGAGGGUUAUUUCCAGGACCACACCAACUCAGCACAGGUUCGCAGUCCAGGAGCUUUCUAGACAGAUUUCUUGGAAGGACCCUCAACUUCAUGACCCAACUCAGCGCGGAUUGAUGUACCUGGUAUCACUCUUUCCGGCCGCUGCAGAGCUGAUCCUCGAAGACCCGAUCACCUACGACACUGCCUCCAUCCGCGAUUUAAUCAGGCAGACGAAGAACAGGCUGCGCAUUGAGGAGUCGGAGCAAUUAAGAAGACUUGCUGAUCGGAUCAUUCAAAACAGCCCGAAGCUCGACUACAUCCUAGAAGAGCUGAAGCGGAUGGCUCACGACCCGGAAGAGCGCGCGAGGAUUGACCACCAAGCCACACACAGGCUUGGUGCUGGCGAGGACCUCAAGAUGAAGAAGAUGGUGAUUAUCACCCCCACAGUCGUGAGCGCUGUCUUCCUCUACCUAGCUUUGAUCAAGCAUCGCCCUGAUGUUGCGCUGAUCCACAACUGGGUUUCGGCCCAGGAGAAGGAGCAGGUUGUCAACAACUUCAAGAGCCUUAGCGCUGCCAAGCUGGUGAAGCACAACCGGGUCCUCAUCGCACCGUUUGCCGCCAUUGGAACUGGGGCCAAUCUUCAGGUCGCUUCGUACCAGAUCCUGACCUCUCCCCUUCCGGACCGGGCAAGUCAAGUUCAAGCCUUUGCUCGGACGAACAGAUCUGGGCAACGCCUCCGCCCCCGUCACAAAGUUCUGGCACUUGAAGACAGCCCUGUGGACCGCAUUGUGCUCGCUGCCCACGCCACUCUGGACAUUGAGAGCGACCCUUUCAAUAUCAACGAGCCGCUUCGCAUCGCUGGCACCAGUGCGCUUGGCAGUCCCAGCAGCCUGGACAACCCGGAUAGUCCAACUGGUCCGGUUGAAGAGCAGAUGUCGUCAACUCAUGGGUCGACCCUGGGUGUGAACGAAGCCGCCAUUUUCCAGAACGCUCUGACCUUCUCCCCGCGCCCAUCUACUGGAAACAACAGCCAGGAAAGGGAGUUCUUCAGUGAGACUACCCUAUCUUCAAAGGAAGCAAAUGAAGCUUUGCUGCUACAGAAUGCUUCUUUCUGGGCACCCCAAUCAAGCACCGAUCAGUCUAACGCGGAUACACAUGGCCCGUAUGGUCCCUUGACUGACGACUCGUCGAGUGAUGACUUGUAUUCGUACAUCGAUGGUCGACACGGGGAGCAAGCAAGACCGGUGUCCCCCAUGAGCAAUCACACCUUUGGCCCGCCCAGACCGGUUUCCGCGAUGAGCAGUCGCACCUUUGGCACGCCCGAGCAGCCUACUUACACGCCUGCGGCGGGACACUAUUCCGUGCCUACCUUCGAACGUUUCGGUCACCUCUCGUUGCCGCCCCUACCGGCCGAGACGAAAUCAGUUGGCAAGGAUGAUAGCCCUACCCUCGGCGGGCUGUUUCCUCCCCCGCCUUCGGGCCCUCGUGCCCGCUUUGACGUGGGAGCAAGUCUGACCCGGCCUCCCCCCCUGGACCUUGUCAACAGCCGCGAUCGCGACGACGCCGUCUCUCUUAGGUCUGUCAUAGAGUUUGAGUUGGUCGAGCGUCCCCUAACCCCUUAUCCAGAGGAGAUGCUUGAACAUUCAAGCGACAAUGCUCAGCGGGGCCGGGAUCUAGGGAACGUGGAGUUUGAUGUUGACGACCUUAUACGAACGGCGAGGGCGUCAUCGGCCCGGCUCUGGGAGAACGGCCGAUCUCAGCUAGGACGUCAAAACAGCGAUGACUGGGCUAGGCUUGAAGAAGAGGCGCGGCAAAGAGAUCAGGCUCACGAAGACGAACGAUUUCGCCUUGUAGCUGAGAGACGCGCCCAGAUAAUGAAAGACCUGGAGGCGCGAAGACGCUGA